GAGACGGCCUUAAGAAAAACCUUCAUUCUGAUAGCAGACCGCGAUCUACCAAGUUGGUGAACAAAAUUUAUAUUAAAAAAAGAAAAAAACGUGAUUAGUGGGGUGGUGUUCAUAUUUUUAUACUACAAAAAGAAGAAGAAGAAGCGAAAAUAAUAAUCAAACGCCUCAAGUAAUUCAAAAGGGAUGAUCGCAGUUCAUAACUUAUAACAAGCUGCAAGGAGAUUGAAAAAAAAUUAAUCUAAGGAUCGCGAAUUUUGUGAUCUUAAAAACGAAUGAACGACAUUUGGAUUUAUCCGUGUUAAGUGGUGGAUUAUUAUUAUUAUUAUUAUUAUUAUUAUUCUACAAAAAGAGAGAAAAAAAGCAAAGAAAAAUGAAAGGAUUCAGCUAUAGGUGAAAAAGCUUUGAAGGCGCCUGGAGGUUCUUUACUAUCGUCGAGAUCUGUAAUUUUUAAAACUAAAGUGAAGAUCAUUUCUGUGGAAUAAUAUCUUUGCUUACGAGUCUACUUAGGCUUAAAGAGGCACGAUGAUGACAUCAUUGGUGUUACUAGUGCCAAUUGUGGUUUCCGUGACAGUCGCAGCAUCACAAAUCUUGGACGAUCGAUUAAUCAGUCGGAGUAAAGAUACAUUUACAGUUUCACCAGAAAUGGAAUUCGAUUCUAUCAAAAUGGAUUCCAAGAGAUCGUCGAGGAGACAUCCGACAAAGAUAAAUGAAGACGCAAAAGAGACAAAAACUAGUCAAUUUUUAUUGCCUGAUGGCAUUUCGGAAAAUCGAUUAUCAUCAACCACACCAUCGACAUUUAAGGACAUUGGCUUAUCAACAUUUAAAAAUGUCGAUCGAAGGCCGCUCACCACAAUCAAAACCGUUCAUCACAAUAGUGACAACAAUAAAUCCGCCACUGACUUUAGUAAUAUCGAGAAGGACAGGGAUAAAUCGCCAAAUGAUGAUAGAAACAAAUUGGAGAGAAAAACUUUACAAAUCUCAGAGAAUGAUGUAAAUAUUCUCCAGAUGCAGACAAAUAAUUUGGGUAACGAGAUCGGUAGAAGUUCCCCGACGAAUUUUCCUGGUGGACAGAAUUCUACUAGGGGUGGGCAAAGGAAUGUGAAAGGUGCGACAAGAAAUGUGAAAAGUGCACCGAGGAAUGUGAAAAGUGCGCAAAGAAACGUUAAAAAUGGGCAAGGUGGUACGAAAAGUACGGAAAGUGGUGUUAAAAGUGGAGUAAAUGUUAAAACAACAAACAAUGUCAGUGCAGAAGGUGCAAAAGCUGAAACGAAUAAUGUACAAACAGCGCAAGAUCAUCUUAGAACUGCACAAAAUAAUGUGAGAACUGUACAAGGUAAUGUCAAAACUGUACAAAGUAAUGUCAAAUCUGUACAAAGUAAUGUUAAAACUUCACAAAACAAUGUAAAAACUGGACAAACGAACGUCAAAAAUGUAGAGAACAAUAUUGGGAGUGCGGAAAAUGUGAAAGGUACAUCAAAUAAUGUAAAAAGUGGACAAACGAACAUCAAAAAUGCAGAAAACAAUGCUAGAAGUGCGGAAAAUGUGAAAGGUACAUCAAACAAUGUAAAAACUGGACAAACGAACGUCAAAAAUGCAGAGAACAAUAUUAGAAGUGCGGAACAUGGGACAGCUACAUCAAACAAUGUAAAAACUGGACAAAUGAACGUCAAAAAUUCAGAGAACAGUGGUAGAAGUGCGGAACAUGGAAAAGCUUCAUCAAACAAUGUAAAAACUGAACAAACGAACGUCAAAAAUUCAGAGAACAAUGGUAGAAUUGCGGAACAUGGAAAAGCUUCAUCAAACAAUGUAAAAACUGGACGAACAAACGUCAAAACUGCAGAACAUAGUUUUAGAAAUGCAGAAAGUAUAAAACCAAAUGUGAAGACUGCACGAAACAAUAUCAAAAAUUCAGGUGCAGAAAGUGUAAAAUCACCAAAUGUGAAGAUAAAAAUCGGUCAAAAUAAUGUUAAAAGUGGAGAAAACACAAAAACCACAUCGAACAAUAUUAAAAGUAUUGAGAGGAACACAAAUGCUGACAAUUCCCAAAAAACCGAUGCAACAUCAUCUGACAAUGAUGUCAAUAAAUCGAGAACAAAAACCAUAAAUCCUAGUCAAACAACCACAAACGUUAAAUCAACAUUAAAACCAUCAUCAAUUUUGGAAAAUGACCCACCAGGAACGGAUCAUCAACACAGAUAUAAAUUGGGAAAAAGAAAUCGAAAAAAUAAGGGCUUCUUCUUCCACUAUCCGUAUGUGCCCCAAAUUCGUCAUCAUUAUCCGCAUUAUGAUUCAAAUUUUGAAGACUGCAAUUACAGUGUAUCCGAGGAACGAACCCCUGGCGGGAAGAAAAAAUAUCAGGACAGCAAUAUUUAUUAUAUUAAACUGCCGCCCACUCCGUACAUGUUCGUUCCAGGUUUGGGGUAUGUUUCACAGCCGCCGAGAUAUUCGCCGCCGCCACAGCAACAGCCACAGCUACCACCCCUCAAUCCCCCCAUGGCAAAUGCAAGGCCCUUUAGGCCCCCAAGGCCACCGACGAUUUAUCAACCGCACGUUAACCCUUUCAUAAAAGUGCCGAUAGACUUUAUUAGCAAUGGCAAACCAACAUCGGUGUAUCAAUGGCAAGACGAAAAGCUCCCAUCGAGGAACGAUAAUCAAAUAACGAAUUUAGACAAGGGACCUUAUGUUUUUAAUGGACGACCGAGUAGCAUUUAUCUUCUUAGGCCCGAUGGCUCGCAGACUAUUCCUCAACCUAUUAGGUUAAAUGAUUAUCAGAACAAUGGUUACUAUUCGAGUGCCACUUUUGAUUAGAGAACCAAAAUAUUUGUAGUGUUUUUUUUGUCGUCGAAUUAUUCAGUUUUAGUGCGUGUUUUAGUUGCUUUUGUUUUUUCUGAUUGUUUAUCUGAUUGUCGACUUUUGGGUUUCAGGACUUUUGUUCUUUCUGAUUUUGGUUUUCUCGAGUUCUUAUUCUUUCGAAUUUUUAGGGAAUCGAAAUUUUUAAGAUCUAUGUUCCAAAUUGGCGAAUAGUGAAUGUUUUAGGUACAGUCAAUAUUUAGGAAAUUUGCGUCUAGGCAAAAUUUUGUUAAACUGAAUUUUUGUUGAGGAGAAUUUUUCUAUGGAUGAGUUUAAUGGAAUUUAUUUUACACUAAGAAUUCUGUUUGUUUUCGGUAACAAAUGUUUAGUUUAACAACCAAAAUUAUAAAAAUAAUGGUUCAUUUGGUUGUUGGGACAACCAAAAUUAAAAAUACUUUUUUUAAAAAAAUAA